AUGGGGAGCUACACAAACGCUGUCGUUGGAGACCAAAGCGGCACCAGCAAUGGCGGAGACGGCGGCGUGGCGGUGGACAAAGGCGUCGACUUCGCCAACUACUUCUGCACCUACGCCUUUCUUUACCACCAGAAGGAGAUGCUUUCCGAUCGAGUUCGCAUGGACGCUUACUACAACGCCGUUUUCAAGAACAAGCACCACUUCAAUGGCAAGGCUGUGUUGGAUGUGGGAGCGGGGAGUGGCAUUCUCGCAAUUUGGUCGGCACAAGCCGGAGCGAGGAAGGUUUAUGCUGUUGAAGCGACUUCCAUGGCAGAACAUGCACGAGCGGUUGUGAAAGCGAAUAAGCUUCAAGACGUGGUUGAAGUGAUUGAGGGCUCCAUGGAGGAUGUUGUUCUGCCAGAGAAAGUGGAUGUGAUUAUUUCUGAGUGGAUGGGGUACUUCCUACUGCGUGAAUCGAUGUUUGAUUCGGUAAUAUGUGCACGUGACCGGUGGUUGAAGCCAACCGGAGUCAUGUAUCCUAGCCAUGCUUCUAUGUGGGUGGCACCUAUUAGGUCUGGAUUGGGAGAUCAAAAAAGUAAUGAUUAUGAAUCAUCUAUGGAAGAUUGGUACCGUUUCACAGAUCAGACAAAAAAUUAUUAUGGCGUUGAUAUGAGUGUUCUAACAAAGCCUUUCUCUCAAGAGCAGAAGAAAUACUAUCUUCAGACAUCAAUGUGGAACAACCUUCAUCCACAUCAAGUUAUAGGGACAGCUGCUACAGUCAAGGAGAUUGAUUGUUUAACUGCCUCUGUCAGUGACAUCCUCGAAAUUAGAUCGAACUUUUUGUCAACAGUUACUCUUCAGAACACAAGGCUCUGUGGGUUCGGGGGAUGGUUUGAUGUUCAUUUUCGAGGAAGAAAGGAAGAUCCAGCUGAGGAGGAGAUUGAGUUGACUACUGCACCUAGUGUAAAUGAUGGCACACACUGGGGCCAACAGGUUUUCCUCUUGGACCCUCCAAUUCGAGUCAGUGAAGGGGAUAAACUGAAUGCUUCUUUCUCAAUGAACCGAUCAAAGGAGAAUCAUAGAUUGAUGGAAGUUGAGUUCGGCUGUGAGAUUAAACAGUAUUCUGGCGAGUUACUUCCGCCUUUCAGAAAUAGAUAUUUCAUAGAAUGA